AUGGCUAUUGCUGUUGAGGGCGGGUUUAGCGCAGAUGGGGAUAUGAUCGACCCUUCUGGGAACUUUGCUGCGGUGGAGCCGACGAUAACCUACCGCCUUUGCGUGUACACUGCAGCAGAUGCAGCUGCAACUGCUGCUGUGGCUAGAGGCCUGACGGACAUGUACCGCCGCUGCAGCAGCAAAGUGCAGCAGCAAAAACGCGCAGAGGUGGACGAGGAGGGCCAGGAGCAGCAGCAGCAGUGGCGGAGUGACCUGAUGAUGCUGCAGCAGUAUGAGGAGCAGCUACUGCAGCAGCUCUCGUUUCUCCCUCUAGACGACCCGGACGUUCCUGCUGCUGUUGCUGCAGCAGCAAAACACGUCGCUGAGACGAAGCACUCAGUGGCAGACUCCGCACCGUCUGCUGCCUGGGUCGAAGAGAUUCUUGUGAGUCUUACCUCUGUUGCUACGAGUGCAGCAGCUGCUGCUCUGCUCUUGGGCUGCCGAGCAAGUACGCGCAGGAUCUGCCCGUGGUAG